CGGAAAUGUCGAAGGUUUGCCGGACGUCAACUGACACGGAACUACCUUCGACUCACGCGUGUUUCCAGAUCUUAAAGAAGACUAUCUUCAGGACUCGUGGCCACCUUCUAUCAAUAUAAUGGAACAUGAAAAUAUUAGUCAACGUGCAGUUACUGUGAAGAACUAAACCCCUUCGUAAGCAGCGUGCGGGGUUGGGGUGAAUAAUGGGAAAAAGGAACGUUCGGAUCAAGUUUUCACAGUAUUCGAUUGGUCCGCCUAUUAGUUUGAGUGCACUGUGCACUUUUAAUUAGCACCCCAAUCUACGUCUUCUCACACUAUCAGUUACCGACGCUCAAGCGACUGCCAAUCAAAGUACAAGUCAUACCGGGUUAUAAAAGUAACUCAUUUUAACUUAGAUUAACUUACUUUAGUACAAAAAUAACUGACAACGGUACGAGAUUGCUUAAUGUAACUAUAUUGGAUAAAAACUGUGCCGAGUAAUCCUCCUCGGUUAAAUUAUAUAAACGGUAGUCAUGACGGCCACUGCACCAGAAUUGUCAAAGUCGGAUUUUUUUGAAUUCGUGACCUCUAAUGAAGUAACUGAUGCUCAGUAUAAACAACAAAUGCGAUCUGUGAAUGUGUUUAUGGAAUCGCCUGAUUCAAGAUCGAACCCUUUGUUGUCGGAAGAACCUAAGGAACAGAACAAUAAUAGUUUAAUUAGUGUAACCGGCGUACAGUCAUCCACUACAAACAGCAACACUGCUGCCACAACCUCUAAUCCUCUGCAAAGUUUCGAUUCCAUAUGGAAUGUAGACCGAGAUAGAGAUCGGAUAGAUACGGCUAUGUUAGAAGAUCUAAACAAAUAUUACUGGAGCCAAGAAAAUGAAAUGAACACACAUGCAUGUACUGACACUACUAUUUCGAAUAAAUUAAUAAGUAAUAAUACAGACGGACAAAUAUAUACACUAACAGUUCUUAACCAAGACAUCAAUGAAACAAAUACCAACCGCUAUUGGGGCAAAGAAGAAGAUGUGUCCAUGUCCAGUCCAACGGAUAUGGAACAAAAUCCUUCCUUAGAUCUUGAAACAAUAUUGAAUAUGAACGGAUUCCCUAAUGACUUCAGCCAAGACUCACUUAAUACGUUACCUAAAGUAGAAAGUUUUAGUUACGAAGAUGGAGAUUCACAAAAUCCGAGCACAGAACUUAGUACAAGCAGUUUAGUUAAAAUAGAACCUUUCAGCUAUGAUGAAAAUGAUUAUCAAAGCAAUGAUAAAAAAGAUGAGUCUACGCAUAGUCCAAUCAUUGUAACCCCCACUAUGUUAGAAGUCGAAUAUAAUAAUAACAAUAAUGAUUGGAAAUUAACUGAUCAGAAUACCGAAUCAAAUGAAUCUUUACUCCGGAGUGCCUUGCAAGGAAAAGCCUUUGUUAGAUAUAGUACAAUAAUUAAAAAUGCUGUGACUAAACUUGACGCUGAAACAGAGUUAAAAAGAGUUAUUAUAAACAAUAACAAUAAAACAGAUGUACCAUCCAUGUAUCAGGACAGCAAGGACACAGAAAAUGAUUUAUUAAUGGCUAUAGGGCCACCAAACGGCAAUGUUAAUAUUUCAAUAUUAUUAGAAGAACCUACUGCCGCUGUUGUCACUAAUUGUGAAAAUCCAACUUCAACGCAAAGUGUAGAUGACAUAAUACUAUCACAGCUCGAUUCCAGCUAUCCCGAUGAUUACGAAAAAUUAAAACGGAUAGCAACAGAAUUAGGUGAAUCAGUUCAACCUUUCUGUACUGUGGAGCCAAUUGAUCCCACUCGCAGUAUAUAUAAUAUUCAUCACGUCAACGGUGAAUUAGUUACUAUGAUUCCUGCUGGUGAAGUUCAGUUACCACACUUGCAAAUAGUAACCGCUUCCCCAACGGUAUCUAGUACUAAAAUUGGAAAAAAACAUAGAAGACCACCUAGUAAAACUUCGCCACCUACGACUCAAUCACCAUCAGGUGCAGCAGUUCAGCCGGCCACAUCUACGUCAAAUGGUGUCAGGAAAGAAAGAUCCUUGCAUUAUUGUUCUAUUUGUUCCAAGGGUUUUAAAGAUAAGUACUCAGUUAACGUGCACGUGAGGACGCAUACAGGUGAGAAGCCUUUUACGUGUUCCCUGUGUGGUAAGAGUUUCAGACAAAAGGCGCAUCUCGCAAAGCACUAUCAGACUCACAUCGCACAGAAAACUGCGGCUGCUAAUGGCGCCUCUAAACCCACCAAACAGAGGUAACCGCUCUCGACGAAUUUUCCCGUUCACAUUCAUAUAGUCAAAAAUUGAACAAUCAGUUCAGACUGAGAGCGAUUGUAUUUUAUAAUCUAAUACAUAAAGGCUGAAAUAUCACAGAAGAAUUUGGUAAGGUGCUAAAUAAAUUAGUAAUUUAGACAGUUAAGGAAAGUGUAAAAGAGAAUGUGUCAGAAGAUUCUCGGCCGUUAUCAUGCUUGUUAAUUUGUAUGUAACUCCGCCCGUUACCGAUUACUUUUAGCUUUAGCUAGUUUUAGCUAUAAACAGGUACAAUUAAGUGUUUUAAUUACGAGAUUAUUCAUACUCUUCCAUCCUUCAUAAUUAGUCAUGUCAAAUACACACAUCACAAGUAUUAUUAUAUUGUAUAUGUAUAAAGGUUGUGUUCAUACUCUAGAACUGUUAAUAUUUUAAUAACAACAAUCGCGUGAAUAUAUAUGUGUGAAUUUUAAUAGAAAAUUCUAUCUAUUUAGUAACCAGAUAAGUAACCUACAAUGAUGAACAAAUUUUGGAUUAUCAAUAGUUUGGCCGCACUGUAAUUUCUCUCGCGGCGCGGCCGACCAAACUUUCUAAAAAAUAAUAAAAACAAAACAGAGUAAAAGAACGAGCAUUCAGUACCAACUAUCUUUCACCGCUUGACUAUCGUAUCUCUAUACUGCUCGCUAUUAGUUUGAUAAUUUUGCCUCUUAUCGACUCAUGAAAGCGGCAUUUUGACCCGAGAAACUGUUUUUUUAAAGAUUCUAUUACACAAUAAAUAUUACAAAUACGAGUAUACCAAUUUUAUAUUUAUUUAUUUUCAUCUGCUCUUAUGUUAAUCGCAUUAAUCCUAUAACUAUGUACGAUACAAUCUAAUAGACUGUUACAUAGUCUCUACAUUGAAGAGUGCGGUGAAGGCUUACUUGCUCUUCAAAUUAAAUCUUUCGUCUGAUAUUGGGAGAGGCCUGAUUGCACCCAAAUUGCUAUAAAUUUCAAAUACGAGUUGCUUCAAUAGCUGUGUUUAAAAUUGUGCUCCCUUUCUCAUCGAACAAAUUGGCCUUUCUUUGUUCCUUUCUGAUAUUAUUUACUGCACCGCGCCCUGCUGUGUUUUAGUACCUAUUAUAAAUAAUGGCAAAACAUACACUACUACUAUAGAUUGAUAUAAUACCUAAACUAGGCAAAUCUACACGGUUACU